UCCUUCACCACUGCCAGCGGUCGCUGAGCGACCGCGUCUGUGAACAGAAGGGGAAAGAAGAGGGUUGAGCUCCUCUCGAAGCCAUGUGGCUCCCAAGGCACCCAGCUGCACAGGCUGUCCCUGAGCCCUACGACAGCUUCAUGCGUGGACACCUGUGCUACUACGGCUACUUCCAAGGUGAGAGCUGCGUGUCACCUUCUUGUCCCCCAGCCUGUGGGACCCCCAUCCUGGUUGGGCUCCAGCAAUGCUCUCCCAAAGGCCAGAAGCCAGCCAGCCAGCAGAGCUCUGUGUCUCCAUGGGGACAUACUGAAUGCCACUGUGCUGACUCUGGCACCCAGUGGGGCAUGGGGAAGGACCCAAGCUCUCGUGCUGCCUGUUCUCUGCUCAAACUGCACCACGGGGCUGGGAGCUCCCUGGGCCGUUCUGCAGCCCCCAGGGCCCUGCAGAUGAUCCCCUUGCAGGGUUAUGAGUCACCCAGGGAGCCACGGGCUCUCUUUGCCCUUCCCUCAGCACAAGGACCACUUCCUGCUCCCCGCUGGCCCAUUGAGUGUGAGGUCAUCAAGGAGACCAUCAAGCACAUUGAAUGGAUCCCCCCUGAACCAGAACCCUUCUACCAGCCCACAGACCACCCACAGCUACCAAUGGGUGAGGAGCAGGGCACCAUCGUCUACCAGCUCAACCCAGUGCCCUCAAGCUCCUGCUUCACCCGUGCUCGGGCUGGGGGAGCCCCAGGCCCCCUUUCCUCACCGGCAGCCACCCUAGAGAGCUCCCAGGACAACACGCUGCUGUUUGAGUCGCGCUUUGAGGGUGGCAACCUCCAGAAAGCAGUGAAGGUGGGCCCCUAUGAAUAUGUGCUGACGCUGCGGCCAGACCUGUACACCGCCAAGCACACCCAGUGGUUCUAUUUCCGCGUGCAAAACACACGGAAAGACACCUCCUACUGCUUCACCAUCGCCAAUCUGGCCAAGCCGAAGAGCCUCUAUGGCAAGGGCAUGUGCCCGCUGUUCUACUCACAAAAGGAUGCCCAGAGCCACGGCAUCGGUUGGCGCCGCAUCGGCACCAACAUCCGCUAUUACCGAGGGGGCAGCGGGGAGGAGUCGGCCGCCUUCCGCCUGUCCUGGAGCGCCUGCUUUCCCCACGACAGCGACACGUGCUACUUCGCCCACUGCUACCCCUACACCUACUCGGACCUGCAGCGGUACCUGCAGGCAGUGGCGGCUGACCCAGCGCGCUCACGGUACUGUGCAGUGCGGGUGCUGUGCCGCAGCCUGGCCGGUAACAUGGUCUACAUGCUCACCAUCACUGCUCCAUCCGGCGGUGCAGCCAAGCGUGCAGUGGUGCUGAGUGCCCGGGUGCACCCAGGAGAAAGCGGUGGCUCCUGGGCCAUGCAGGGCUUCCUCGAUUUCAUCCUCAGCGCCGCUCCUGAUGCUCAGCUCCUGCGCCAGCUCUUUGUCUUCAAGGUGGUGCCCAUGCUCAACCCCGAUGGGGUGGUGGUGGGUAACUCCCGCUGCUCUCUGGCCGGCCGUGACCCCAACCGUGCCUACAGGACGGGGUCUCAGGGGUCUUUCCCAGCCGUCUGGCACCUGCGGGCCAUGGUGGAGAGGCUGUUGGCGGAGAGGGAGGUGGUGCUGUACUGUGAUUUCCACGGGCACAGCCGCAAGAACAACGUCUUCAUGUACGGCUGCGACGGUGGUCGGGAUGGCUCUGAGAUGCGGCUGCGGGAGCGGGUUUUCCCACUGAUGCUAAGCAAAAACGCACCUGACAAGUUCUCCUUCUCCAGCUGCAAGUUCAAGGUGCAGAAGAGCAAGGAGGGGACGGGCAGGGUGGUCAUGUGGAGGAUGGGCAUUGCCAACAGCUACACCUUAGAGGCGGCCUUUGGUGGCUCCACACUGGGUGGGAGGAACUCACACUUCACUGUGGAGGACCUGAAAUCAUUGGGGUACCACCUGUGUGACACACUGCUAGACUUCUGUGACCCCAAUCCAGCCAAGUUCCAGCAGUGCCUGGAGGAGGUGGAUGCAUUGCUGCGGCAGCGGCUGGGCUCUGGGCAGAGCUGGAGUGACGUCUCCACCUCAGAGCUGGAGUCCAGCACCAGCGGCUCUGACAGCUCCGUGUCUGACGGGUCCCUGGAGAGGAGCGAGAGCCCCUGGGGACAGAAGGGACAAGGUGCCAGUGUGGCACCUCAGCUGCAGCUGAGGAGGAGGAAGCGGUUCUGGAGCCGCAGAGCGAGGAAUGCCAUGCGCAGGCCCAAUGCCACCCAAUGGAGUCACAGCGGUGACCCGGUGAGCGUGGCUCAGCCAACCUCUGCCUGCCAUAGUGGGACUCGCAGUGCCUUCAGCCCCACUUCUGUGCCCCAGCAGCCACAGCCGUCGCCAUCUGUCCCCGUCCCCACACCAAGAGGCCGUGAGGAAGCAGAGGAGCUGCACGGAGCCGUUCCAGGUGCACACACCACAUACCACCGCCACAGCACUGCCAUGGCCACACGGGGUGCCAUCUCCCCCAUCUCCACCAGCACUGCUUCCUCACAGCAGGGCAGGGCGCGGCCUUCCCCACGGGGCACCACAGCGGGGCUGUCCCUGCGUGUGGCUGCUGCUGCUGCUGGCUGCGGGAGGCGGCCCGGCCUCACAGCGCUGCGCUGCUCCGCCUGCACUCGGCAUUAAAGGCAGCUUUGUCGUG